AUGGCCGGGUUGAUGCCUUCCUGGGAUCAUUUGCUCCGCUCCGGAAUCGCCGAGCGCUUCGAUUGGCUGCUCAACUCUGAGUUAGAUCACUUCCUCUCCCCUUCGAGAGCGAAGGAGACGAUUCGAGAGUACCUUCAAGGCCUUGAGGACGGGUCCAAAGAAGACAAGUCCGGGCUGUCGGGCCCAAUCAUGCUCAUGUGGGGCAACGCUUUUGUUUUCAACCGCAAGUUUGUGCAGGCGCUCCGGACCAACUGGCCUCAGCUUGGCCGUGUUGCGUCCUCCAGCGAGGGGGACAGCAAACAAGGCCGUGCGGUCGGUUGUCCGCUGUUCAUGAAGAACCGCUUUGAAUGGCCUGACUCCUGCUCGCAGGACAUCAUCUAUCCAGCCUUGGCGAUGAACAUCCUGCCUUUCCUGCAACAGAAGGUGGCGUUUCCUGGGGCCUCGGGCUGUGGCCAGCCCUCCCGGAAUCGUCGGGGAAAGGCCUACCCAUUGGGCUGCUGGGAGAUGCAGCAGAAUCCCCUGAACGGGGAGUCGGAGAAAGGUGAGCUUGGGGCCAUUGAGGUCUUGGCGAAGAUGCGCACCUUCAAG